AUGCGGGGGUAUAGGGCUUUCUUGGCUCUUGCCAGUUUUUCAUUCGUCCCUUCCCAAGCUGCCGAUGCUACAUAUACAGAUAUGGGUCCAGCGGCCUUUUUAUGGCCUCCUGAUCGGACUUGGUCAAGCACAGCCGACAAUACCGCGCCGUGCGGAUCAAAUGCUAAUAUUGGCAACCGGACGGAAUUUCCCCUCACGAGUGGAGAGGUUUCAUUAGUCCUGCAGGACGAGUCGUACAAUGUCAAUCUUGCCAUCUCCUAUCACAGCGAUCCGAGCUCAAAUAGCGAUUUCGUAACUGAUGUCUCGGGCUCCAAUUUCCCAGAUCUCUACCCAGGACAUGAAUGCUAUUCUAUCCCCAACGCUCCCUCUAACACAUCCUCGGGUGAUAAUGCCACGCUGCAGCUGAAAUACCAAUCCACAUUUGACACCGAUACGAACAAAACGUACUAUGCUUGUGCGGAUAUUACCUACGUGUCUCUGGCUGAUUUCACGACUGAUGUUCUCUGCUUCAAUGUCUCGGUGGCUACGUCGACUGCCACGGCCACGAGCACGAGCACCAGUAUAGCCAAAGCGGGUGGUCUAUCUGGUGGUCAGAUUGCGGGUAUUGUUGUUGGCUGUGUGGUUGGUGCUGCUUUGAUUGCGGGCGGCUUGUUUCUGUUGUGGGGCCGACACCAGCGUAAGGUUCAGCGGGAUAAGGUUGUUGCUGUUAGAAUGGGUGAUUGGGGGAAUAGUGCGAAUGUUGCGAAGACGGUGUCGGCUGAGGGGAGCCAGUCACAUGCUUAG